CCCUGUUUUACAAUUUCUACUACCGGGGUUGAAUAGUUUGGGCCAUCAUGCUAGAAUUACAGUGCGCAUAUGUAAUUUAACUUACACAGAUCUCAAUGAAAUCCAUGGCUAAAAGGCGUGCAUCCGAAGAUGCACUCCUCUGCACCUCACCUUCUAAAAAAUGUCGCGGACUUUGCGGUGUUGACAUGCGGCUAGAAAGCGUGGCUGCCUCCGGGGGUGUGAGCCAUGGGGUGAGCCCGCCGUCCCUGCACGCUUUGUUGGGAAGUCGUUGUAGAAAAAGACCCCUUUACUUUGAUGAAACAGAAGCGACUGACUUUGAUUUAGAGCUUUUCCGCAAAAGUACACAUGAUGACCUGCAGGUGAAGCACCCUGCGUACCCGAACCAUCAGAUAAACACAGUGCACCCGCAGCAGACUUCUGGAAACUUCCAGGAGCCUCGAAACUUUACGAACGCUAAAUCCACGAACAAACGAACUCGAGAGGAUUGUGAUGAACCUGCAGACACAGUUAAUUCUAAAGCCGUGGUGGAUAGAAAGACAGACAUUGAAGACAAUUUCAACUCGUUUCAGUUUUGGAGAAUACCUUUGCCUGAAUUGGACAUGUCCCUGCUCCAGGAGCCUAAUAAAGACUUCAGUUCUGAGGAAAUGGAAACAUGAAUAUUUGGGUUGGUGUUUAUUUGCAUUCUUGACUAAUGCAGUAAUCAAGGUUGUAGAUUUUGUUUGAUUUUGUUGAUCUGUAUUUAGACACAAAAUUUGGAGAAAUGCUACUUUUUGUUACAGCACUUUACAGCCAGUAAGGAGGAUCUAAGAUGAAAUUUCAAGAUUCUUUUACUUUCUCAUGUUUUAUUGUAAACGAUGUUGUGAACCAAUGUUUGACAGUAAAGUUUGUACUCCUUCUGUAA